GUUGAUAGCGCAUUCAAACUGCCACUCCCAUCAUGGAUACGGACGCUGCCAGAGAUUCGAACCAUGCUGAACCCGGGGCUGAGCCUGAGGAAUCGGAAUCACUCCAAGACAUAUCUGAGCUAAUCAAAGAUGGGAAAAAUGCAAAAACGAUUAUGUGUGAAAGAUGCAACAGUAAAAUUUUAUUACCAGGAGUGGCUGAAGUAGCGACGAAAGAGAUUUUCCUGCCACACAUGAAGAAAAAGUCGGAGCAAGAGAAUGCCACGGAGGGGGAGACGCUGAGUAAGCAUUGGGUGGUUUCGGACAUGUUCACCUUUGAGAAUGUUGGUUUCACAAACACUGUUGGCACGGCCAAGUAUCUUCUUUGUGCCGACUGUGAGGUUGGACCCCUCGGAUGGCAUGAUGUAACUGACAAAACAAAGUUCUUUGUGGCCUUGGAUCGGGUGCUGCACCAAUGAGAUCCUGACCGGAGAAUCUGUGUACCGUGCGGCAGGGGUCAUUGCAUGCCUUAUAUCAACAUCUAGGAGGUCACAAAACUAUGCUUUUGUAAUUCAGAAGCAGUGCAUUAAAUCUGAGUGCAAUUCUACAGACCAAUUGAUGUAAUAUCUCAUGUUGCUUUAAACUUUUAAACUGUUUAACCCGGGGCUUUUAACUCGCUGGCUACAGGAACCGGGUUGCACCUGCACGAAGUGUAUGGGAAUAAAAGAAGUCAGUAGUAGUCAAUCGGUCAAUUCUAUAUCAGUGAUGCCAAUCAUGCCAAUCUUAUUCACUAUAACUUAUCAGUCAUUUUUAGGAUGAUUUUUUUUUAACUUCCUUCCAGGGAGCUUCAAAUUAAUUCCAGCAUUUAGCAAUGACUGUAAUUUUAAUUGUUUGUAGAUGUAUUUUGAUUACAAUUAAACACAACUCAUAAAUAUAGGCCAAUUGUCAAGUAUUGAAAGGAAUACACGUAUGCAGCAGUCAGGCCAGCAGUGUUUGAAUACUUGUGGUUGCUCUAAUCAUCAUUCAACCAUAUUGUGGAAAUGGUGUACUAAAUUUGACAUUGUAUUAAGUUGGCUUGAGGACUAUAAUAUGAAAUAGUGUUUUUAUAUUGCACAGCUUAUUCUGCAGCUGAAAUACUGUAAGCAUAAUGAAGUGGACUAAGUGGACUGAAGUUACAUGAUAUUAAAUUUAUUGCACAAAUUACACUUCAUGUACAUGUAUAUGACACCCAUCACAUAAUGAGGGUGAUGUGGAAGUAGUGGAGGCAACAUGUAGCAGCUAUAGCUUAUUUCAGACAGUUCCUACUAUUUACUAGACGUCAACAGGCAAAUUUUUGAAAAGCAAGGAAGUGUAUUAUAUACAUCAAUUAGGAAAAAAUGAAUUGGUAUCAUGUAUCAACAUUUUUAGAGAAAAAAAGUUUAUUUUGAUUUGGAUGGGCUUUGAUUUUGAUUGUAUCGAGUAAGAUUUCUGAUCUCCAAGCUAUUAUUCAAACUAGUAAUAGCUGUGAUGUUGCUGAUAUUAUUUUGUGAGGAACAUUUUUGUCACUGAAACAAUUGGCAUCCAUUUGAAGAUUGUGUUUCAAAUUUUGUUAUAAAUGCUUACCAUCUUCAUCAUAAUCAAAAUUGAAAUGACAGUCAUUUACAAGUGUAUAUCAUUAGAAGCGUAACAUUUAGCAUAUCUAGACUAGACCAAAAGCGGACUCUGUUUUAUUGGUUGUUCUGCUGAACUAUGUUGGCUCCACUCACCAAUUACAGAGACCAAAGUUCUAACUCGAUCUGUACAGGGACUCAAUGGCCGUAUGUUUAUGUAUUAAGUUUGGAUAAACCAGGGAAGUGAAGUUGCACGACAGCCGAACUUAGUCACUGUUUUUUGUCCUUUUAAAUUUAUUUUUCAGGCCAAAACUGAAUAAUAAUAAUCUUUAGUUUGGUCCAGUUCUUUUCAUACAUUUUUAUGAAAUAAAGACAAAAUCAAUGAGCCCCAUUGGAGGGAUUUUGCAUUUUAACCCCCUAAUGGCGGCUGCGCGAUCACAAGCCAUCUGUGUAUAAGGAGAAAUUUACAAAAAAUUAAAAAUGUUUAAAAACUUCUCGAAGCAGGCGGCUGCUAGCUGUCUAAUCUAGACAAGAAGAACAAUAAAAAUUGAGAGGCUUUGUGCAAUCAUUUGCUUUUUUCUAUGAACAUUUACACAAAAGAUGGAUUUUAUUUAUUUGUCCAUCAUCUACCCUGUGGUUGUUGGAUUUGUGAGAAAUGUACUUUCUUCUAAUUUCUGAACAUUCCUGAUUUCUUGUCAAUGUACUGUAUUUUUUUAUUCAUUCAUUGAGUAGACAUUUGGUAUCAGUGAAAUUGUUUUUCUUCAGUGUCCUGCUAACAUCAUUAAACAAUGAUAAAAGAUUCCUGUUUUAUCCAUAAGACAAUAUGCAUACAAUUUUCUUAUAAAACUUUAAUAAAGAACCGUUAUUAUUCAAUCAUGAAGCCAUAAUUAGGAUCAUUUUGUAAGGACUGCUUUUCAUUGUUCUCAUCAUGAUUGUGUGGAACUUCUUGUUUGCAACAUAAUACAGACACACAGGUGACAAACAGGACCUUGCAGCUCAGAUUUUUUUUUUUUUAAUCCAAUCAAUAUUAACCAAAUCCUGGGCAAAAUUCAACUGAGAAAAAGUAAAUAAAAUGUAUUGUUUGAAUCCGGUCUAAAAAACUACCUUGAUUUGGGAAUAUUUUUACUUUUGGAAAUUGACCUCUAUGCUGACUUACUUUACUUAAAUGCAAAUCUUUUAGACACAUGUGAUUAGUUUAAUUUUAUUCUUUGGAUUUAAAGGUAAAAACAUGAAGUUGCAUCAAAUAAAUAUUUUAUGAGAAAUUCUUUAAAAUAAAGGUUAAUUGUCACCAUAUUAUCAUAGAUCUAUUUUAGAUCUAUUAUAUUAAUGUGAACUUAACUUUGUGACAUCAUGAAAUCUUAGCUGAAACCGAUACCUAUGAAGAUCACAUAAAAUCAUGACAUGAUUAUUUUUUUAUCAUUUCUCAGCAAUUGCUCAUUCUCUGUUAGAGCUAUUUGGCAUAUAUUUUAUUGUAAUUUAUUUAUGAUUAUAUAGUUGCAAAUACUUAGGUGGCCAUUUUAUUGGUUUCUGUUUGAACUCAUUUGAGAUUGUUACCACUACUGGCAUUUAUGUUUAAGGCACAUAUUCAUAAAUUGUAGCUGGUGAUAAAUUUAGAAAUGUAUAUUAUUCUGCAGAGCAGAGACUGGGCCUGUAUUCUAAAGUCCAGUUUAAUUUAGACCAUGGUCAAACUUUGUGCUAAAAAUAUGGGCAGCUCAAAAUGUCAAGAUUUGGUUUACUUUGGAUAAUGUGUACUAUGUUUAUUCCUUAUGCAUUAAUGAUGAAGAAAACUAUUUUCUUUGUUAUUCCCAGACAGUUGAGAAUGUAAUCUGAGUGUAAAAUGAGCCGUUGAUUCAAACUUGUGUUGUUACUUGUUAGAGAUUGUGUCACAAUUAGCUAUCCAUAGUUAAUCCACAACCCUUGACCAGAGUUUACAAUAUGGGCCUGGGAGUGUAGUUCAGAAACAAUAUUUAAAAAAAUCAGUCAUCUUCAAAUAUAUUAUAUAUUUGUGUAAUACUUUUUAAUGAUUGAUUAUAAUAUUAAUUAACUUUGAUGUUGCAAUUCAACUUUAUCCAGCUGUGCCUAUUUUGGUAAAACCAUUCAGGGUGUUUAAAAAAAAAAGAAACCCAAGUUUCAUGACUUAUAGUGAGAACAAACCAUCAUCAAAUUGAUAACUUAAAAUUUAUCACUCAAAAGAAGGACUUAGCAGAUUUCCAUUUUUUUUUCAAAGGUAUAUUUAUUAGGCUUCUAAGACUUUUUUGUCAUUGAACACUACUGUCACUCAAUUCUUUUGUUAUUCAAGAAGAUAUGAAAGUUGGUUUUCCUUUUUUUUUGAUAACCCAGUACACUUGUGAUUUACUUGUUCAUUUAAAGAUGUACAGUUGUAUAACAUACUGUAAUGUUGCUGGGAAUUUCACAAUAUUCCUGAUGAAAUUAGUCUUGUAGUGUAAAUGUGAUGAACUUUUCUGUAAAAAAAAAUUGUUGGUGCCAACAACAGAAAUAUUUGUAAAUAUUAAUGCAA